AUGUUGAAAAUAGCGUGUAUCCUCAUCGGAAUAUCCGUUUCCCAGUCAGAGUCCAGCUCAGUGGCCCUGACUCGCGUACAGUGCGAGAAGAACUCCAAAUUCUUUGCCACCCUGAACGUGACGUCUGUAAAUGGUACGAUCUACGCGGAUGUACAACUACUCCAGACCCUCAAGGCGGGCUUUCGAGCACACGUCGAUGUGCAACUGCGUCUCAGCAAUGCCAGAAACUUUCAGAGUCUGGUCCAAGCCGACACCGACUAUUGCGAGCUCCUCUCGACCCUCAAGGACUCACUCUUUCGGCGCUGGAUCAAAAGCGUGUCCAAAAACAGCAAUUUCAUGGAGAACUGCCCUGUUCCGGCGGGGCAUUACUACCUAAAGGGCUGGCACGUUGACAUGGGACUGGUGCCCUCCUAUAUACUGAGCGGCGACUACCUCCUAAGUGCCCUGGUUUACUACGGGAAGUAUCGCACCAAGAAGCAGAUGUUCCUUGUUCGGUGCAUGGUGGAGGCAACUAUGCAUAACAACUAUGCAUAA